AUGUAAAAAACUUAUUUAUGUAUGAUAACGUCGAAAACAGCGCCUCCCCUCCCUUUGAGCCGGCGGCAACAGAGCGAUCCAUAAACCCUCAACUCCGAAGCCAUGUCCAACGACAACAAAGACACUGGCCAAUACGGCGUUCUUCUCUAUUACAAGUACGUCGAUAUUCCCAACCUCAACGACCUCCUCACAUUCUACCGCUCCAACUGCUCCUCUCUCAACCUCCUCGGUCGUGUUCGUCUUUCUUCCCACGGCGUCAAUGUCACCGUUGGUGGUAGCUUAUCCUCUUUGCAACGACACAUCGAAGCCCUCAACGCGCUCAGUACCUUAUUUCAUGGCACUGAUUUCAAACUUGCAGCUUGUCAUCAACCAUUAAACGACGACGUUGCUAAGGAGUGCGGCUUCACUUCUCUCUCUAUUCGGAUCGUCAAGGAACUGGUUACUCUCAGUUCUCACCCACUAUUAAAGUCACCUGAAAUCUCAAAUGCUGGAAGACAUCUAUCUGCACUUGAGUUCCAUUCUACUCUUCACAAUGCUAAUAAGGAGACUAUGGAAAACGGGCUUGUUUUACUUGAUGCAAGGAAUCUGUAUGAAACAAGAAUUGGAAAAUUUUAUGCACCAAAUGUUGAAACCUUGGAUCCGCAAGUUCGGCAGUACAGCGAUUUUUCAUCAUGGAUAGAUGAUAAGAGUGAGCAGUUGAAAGGCAAAAAUAUCCUGAUGUAUUGUACUGGUGGAAUCAGGUGUGAAAUGGCAUCGGCAUAUAUUAAGUCAAAAGGUGCUGGGUUUGAGAAUGUGUUUCAGUUAUUUGGUGGUAUACAACGGUAUUUGGAGCAAUUCCCAGAUGGUGGUUUUUUCAAAGGAAAGAAUUUUGUUUUUGAUCACCGGAUAUCAGUUGGAGGUUCAGAUGCUAGUACAAUUGGUGCCUGCCUUAUUUGUCGCUGUUCCUUUGACGAUUACUCUUCACGCUGUAGAUGUACUUAUUGCAGAAUGCUUGUCUUGGUUUGUCAUAGUUGCCAGAAUGAAUCUGCACUGUACGUUUGUGAGCUAUGCCAAAAACAGGGCAAGGCUGUUGGGUCAAAGCAGUUAAUUGAAAAUGAUGAUUCAGAAAAGUCACUGCAAGGUGUUGAGUUCCAGAAUUUUUCUUCAGAUACUAUGCUGUUGGCUCAAGUGCCUAGGGGAGAUGACGUAACAACCUCAAGAAAACUGAGAAUCUUAUGUUUGCAUGGGUUUCGGCAGAAUGCUUCCAGCUUUAAGGGAAGAACAGCAUCGUUAGCCAAAAAACUCAAGAAAAUUGCUGAAUUUGUUUUUAUAGACGCACCUCAUGAAGUGCCCUUCAUUUAUCAAACACCCGUGCCAAUGGCUCAUGUGAAUGGUGCAUUAUCCUCUUUGCCAGCUAGUCCUCCUCCGCCUUUGGAGAAUUGCAAGAAGAAGUUUGCAUGGUUCGUGGCACCCAAUUUUGAUGGAAGUAAUGGUGUUGAUUGGAAGGUAGCAGAUGGUCCAUUCGAUCCACUUCAAUACCAGCAGCAAACUGCUGGAUAUGACAUUUCACUAUCGCAUUUAGAGAAUGCGUUCUCCAAAGAAGGGCCGUUUGAUGGAAUCUUGGGAUUUUCACAGGGAGCAGCAAUGACUGCCAUAAUCUCAUCACAACAAGAAAAGCUAAAAGGUAAAAUGGACUUCAAAUUUGUUGUCUUGUGCUCUGGCUUUGCUCUCAAAUUGAAGGAGAUGGAGUAUAGCCCUAUCAAGUGCCCUUCUCUUCAUAUAUUUGGUAAUGAACAUGGUCAAGACAGACAGAUAGCCAACCAAGCAAGCAAGGACCUUGCUUCUCUAUAUGACAGCGGUUGUUCUGUGAUCAUUGAACAUGACUGCGGUCAUAUAAUUCCUACCCGGUCACCAUAUAUUGACGAGAUUAAGGCUUUCCUUGGGCGGUUUCUGUAAGAGGUAUAACGGAAAACAUCUCACUAUUUGAAGUUUACAUUGUUAGUUUGUAACUUGAUAAGUCUUGUCUUAUAUGCACCUUGCCCAAAAAUUUGUACAAUGCCCUAUGGUUAUGCAGUUGCCUAAUUUAAACUAGUAAAGGUCACAGAAAAUUACUAGAUUGUACUGUGAGUUUGUAAUCGUUAUUAAGAAUGUUGUGUGGUUUAUAGAGUGGCCGAGGAUGCGCAUACAGCCAUUUAUCACUUCAUCAAGGGGCAGGGUUUGUAGUUGGCCACCUUUGCCUUGAAUUAGAUUAUUCUUAUGUUGUUUCUUGCAUGGAAAAUUUAACGCUUUGAGCAUUAGAGAUU